AUGCCACAAACACCGGUUGUUCGAGUUUGUCAUUCAUGCCCAAAACUAUCUGCUGAACAGAAAGCAGCAUGUCGUGACCGGCAAGAAGCUUUAACAACUGCAAUCAAUGACGCAAAAACCGCCUAUGUAGAAGAAGCUGCUCACAUCUCGGAGACUCAUCAUCGUUCUCUGAAAUGGACGCGGAGCCAACUCUUCUUGAGGAGUCAGAUGCUCCGUCAGCAGCGAAGCAUCAAUUCAUGGAAUGUUUUUGUCAGAGUGAAGCAUAUGGAAGCCAAUGAAGGUCAUGAAAGGGGUGAUAGGAUCAAACUCACCAAGUUCAUUGCUGAAAACAGGGAUGAGCUUGUUCGCCAGCACUCAUGGCUGACAUUGGCAGAGAAACAGGCCCUCAAUGCAGAAGUUGUUGAAGCAAGGCAACGAAAAAGUCAUGCAGCAUGCGCUAACCCCAAGGCUACUCAACACGAUAUGAAUGUUACCUUUACAUCCAUGGACCGUGAAUGGAUGGCACUUUGUGCUCGAACAGGUGCUGAAGGCUUCUAUGUAGCUGUUCGCGGCAGUAUUGAAGACCUCUUCGAACCGAAGAUUUUUGUCAUGCAGAAGGCUGAAAAAUUUGUUCAAGAUGUUUUGAAAGUAGAACCUCGUCAUCUUGGUCUCAAGCUCGAGUCGUUCAUUGUCAGCAGCCUCGAGGCCAUCACCUUGGAGAACAACAUUAAUGGCAAGGUCAAUAUGAAUUACACUAACUACAAAUGA